UUGACUUGUAUGUUAUCUGUUUCUGUGUUAUUAACACAACGCAUUACACACAUAUGUGGAAAAAAAGUAUUGUGUAUGUAAUUUUGGCAACGGCUGAGGGGAAGCGGCCUUCAGCGGUCACGUGAUCUUAGGGGCGUGACUUCAUGAAAAACAUGGCCGCGCCCGGCGAGAUCAUGUUGGAUUAAUCUAUUUGUGAACGAUCUAGGCAUUAUACUACAAAAUACAUUCAUAAAUAAGUUUGUUCACGUAUAACUGAAGUGACAAUGAAGACAUUUUGCGGCCGUGCAAAUCCAACAACCGGAGCGCUGGACUGGGUUGAGGAAAGCGAGGAGUAUGAUUACCAUCAGGAGAUUGCGAGGUCCUGCUAUGCAGAUAUGCUCCAUGAUAAAGACAGAAAUGAGAAAUACUACGAAGGCAUUCGAGCAGCGGUGAGCAGAGUAAAGGCACGCAGUGAACGGGUGGUGGUCCUGGACAUCGGCACUGGGACGGGUUUGCUCUCCAUGAUGGCUGUGACGGCUGGAGCUGAUUACUGCUAUGCUAUAGAGGUGUUUAAACCCAUGGCACAGGCUGCUACUUGCAUCGUGGAGAGGAACGGCUUCUCAGAUAAAAUCAAGGUCAUCAACAAACACUCCACAGAGGUUACAGUUGGACCAGAGGAGGAUGUGUCCGAAGGAGAAGAGCUUAAUUUAAUCGUCUCCCAUGAUGACUACAGUCUCUGGUACAGUCUUACGCAGAGUGAACAAAAUGAUGUCAAAGUGGCAAAGUUUCGACCAUGCUGCACCUGUCAGGCCCACCUGGUCUGGACGAGGCCUCGCUUCGGGGAACUGAACGACGAACAGAGGACAGAGAGUUACUUGAACGCAUUACGUAGUUGGAGGGAUCACUGGAUGCAGAGUGUCUACUUCCUUCCUGCAGAGGAGGAUGUGUCCGAAGGAGAAGAGCUUAAUUUAAUCGUCUCCCAUGAUGACUACAGUCUCUGGUACAGUCUUACGCAGAGUGAACAAAAUGAUGUCAAAGUGGCAAAGUUUCGACCAUGCUGCACCUGUCAGGCCCACCUGGUCUGGACGAGGCCUCGCUUCGGGGAACUGAACGACGAACAGAGGACAGAGAGUUACGUGAACGCAUUACGUAGUAUUCUGAAACCAGACAGUGUGUGUUUGUCUGUCAGUGAUGGGAGCCUGUUACCCAUUUUUGCUCAUCUGCUUGGAUCUAAAAAGAAUAAAUGCUGUGUUACCUUAAAAUGUAGCCAAAAUAAGGUGUUCAGUUUGGAAAACUCUGGAAUGGCGAAACAAGUGAUCGAACAGGUGCUGCAUGCUAACUCACUGAAACAUGGAGUACAGUUGCUGGAAAUACGACCUGAACAGCUCUCAUUAACUGACUUAGAAGGAAAUCAGAUUUCAGUGUUGAUGGGAGAGCCAUACUUCAGCACCAGUCUUCUGCCGUGGCACUCUCUGUUUUUCUGGUACUGCCGCACCUCUGUGGCGCUGCUGCUCCAUCCCAAUGCCACCAUCCUGCCCCGUGCUGCCACACUUUACAUAGUCGCUGUUGAAUUUCGGGAUCUGUGGCGAAUCCGAGCUCCUUGUGGUACUUGCGAAGGCUUUGAUGUCAGUCCAAUGGAUGAGAUGAUUCAGCAAUCUUUGGAUUACCGUGAAUCCUGGGAGGCAGAGCCACAUCCACUGUGGGAAUACCCAUGUCGUGCUCUGACCAAACCACGGCCAGUUAUGACAUUUGACUUUACGCAAUGUGUUCCUGAACAACCAAUUAACAGUGACGGAACUGUGCCAUUCACGGGGAGAGGACGCUGUCAUGGUGUCGCUCUCUGGAUGGAGUAUCAGCUGACUGAGGACAUCACUGUAAGCAUGGGCCUUACCAAACCAGUCAGCAAAGAGGGAGCUUGUGAAUGGAACCCACACCGGAAACAAGGAGUGUUCUUCUUCAGAUCCACAAGGGAAAUUUCUGGGGAUGGAAGGGAAGAUCUUACCUAUAAUUUAACCUUUGAACCUCAUACUGGUGACAUUAAAAUGGACUUUUCCGUCACCAAACCUUGACCGCUGACCAAGAUUCAAAUAAACUAGGCCAUUAGUUGUUAACAUUUUUUCCCCAAGACAAUGCUUAUCCAAAGAGUUUGUGACUGUGACCUUGCAUGAGCUUUUGUAACUUUUUUUUUUAUCCUAUUCAUAAAAUGACUUCUAAACAAUCGGAUGAAUUAUAAUGCAUUUAGCUAUGAGCUAUAACUUUGUGUUGUGUGCAGAUUCAUUCUGAUUGCAUACUAUGAUGGAUCAAACUGUAUGGUGCUACACAAGUCUCAUGAUGCUGUUUUAAGUAGUGAAAUGAAAUGUUGUCUUGCAGUAUAAAAAUGAGGCGAAAGUCUGUAUUUAACUAUUUUAAGCUAAAAUCAAAUGCUUACUAAAAUUAAUCACCGUAUUCUAUACAGAAGGCAAAACACACAAGCAGCUGCUUUGGAUUUUCAAAUAAAACAAAUUACACUCAACGUGGAUAUUUCGUUCUUGUACAUGAUGUGAUAAUAUAAUGCAAAGAUUUAUUCUUUUUUUUUUUUUUACCAUUUACUGAUUGAAAAGAGACCUUUACAACCAAACAGUGCAUAACAUUUUCAGUUUUUCAGCAACUUUAGUGCAUUGCAUUGUCAAAUGACACUCUGUGAACUGCAUCCCUGUUGAUUACACAGAUGGAGAUGUAAUCUGGGCCUCAAUGUUGCAGAAUGGUAACGGAAUGUAAUAAUA